AUGGCAAAAAUUGAAAAAUUGUUGGUAUCUUUGUUCUUCUUUGCAGUCGCACCCAGCAUCGUUCUAGUGGAUGCUGACUUUUACAAGAGCAUGUACAUUACCUGGGGUGCUCAACAUGCAUCAUUGCAGGGUGAUAACCUCCAGCUUGUGUUGGAUCAAACCUCAGGAUCCUCAGCACAAACAAAGAUACCAUUCUUAUUUGGAAGCAUUGAAUCACGAAUCAAGCUAGUGCCUGGUAACUCUGCAGGAGUAGUUACAGCCUAUUAUCUAUCCUCUACAGGAAGCCAGCAUGAUGAGAUAGAUUUUGAGUUCUUAGGAAACAUUUCAGGACAACCAUACAUUAUCCAUACAAACAUAUAUACACAAGGAAAUGGAAGCAAGGAGCAACAAUUUUACCCUUGGUUUGACCCAACCUCUGAUUUUCACAAUUACACCAUUCACUGGAACCCCACUGAAGUUGUGUGGUAUGUUGAUAGUAUACCAAUAAGGGUGUUCCGUAACUAUGAAAAUGAGGGCAUUGCUUACCCAAACAUGCAAGGAAUGAAGGCUUAUACAAGCCUAUGGGAUGCAGAUAACUGGGCCACAAGAGGUGGGCUUGUUAAGACCAAUUGGUCUUGUGCACCAUUCAUAGCAAAAUUAAAUCAUUUUAGAGCAAGGGCUUGCAAGUGGAAUGGACCAGUUAGCAUUCAACAAUGUGCCUCCAAUAUCACUGCAAAUUGGUGGACUUCUCCCAUAUACCAACAACUGAGUUAUGCACAGUUGGGUCAGUUGAAUUGGGUCAGAAGUAAUUAUAUGAUCUAUGAUUACUGCACUGAUACUAAGAGAUUCAAUGGACAAAUGCCUCCUGAAUGCUCUAAGCCACAAUUCUAA